AUCGACACUUGCGGGACUCUCCGAAAAAGUGCUUCUCGACACGACACGACUCGACCCACCGUCGUCGACUCGUUGGGUUAGAGCGAAGCGAUUCGCUCGCGUCGACGCCGUUUUCUGUCGCUCUCGGACCCUCGCGCCGCUACAGCCGGUGAUUUGAAAGCGCCGUUCGGUGCCGCCGACUGGAAAGUGUUCCGUGUGUGAACGUCUAUACGGUUUCUCGCCAGACGCUUCUCGCUGUGCUAUUUCUUGAUUUGCUUCGCCGUCGGACGUGAAACCAAGAUCGCCGGGAUGAAGCUGCUUCAGGUGGCUUUUCUGGCGUGUGCACUGGUUGCUUCAACCAGAGCCGGCUACGAUGACCAAGAGGUCUACGCUCCACAGCCGUACCAGUUCGGCUACGAGACGCAAGACGAGUACGGCAACCGCCAGUCGAGGCACGAGCAGGACGCUGGCAACGGCGUGAAGACCGGCAUGUACGGGUUCCGCGACGCCGCCGGCCUGUUCCGGCAGGUGCAGUACGUGGCCGACCACCGCGGCUUCCGUGCCUGGGUCAAGACCAACGAGCCGGGCACGCAGGAUUCGGCGCCCGCCUCGGCGCGCAUUGAGUCGCAGCAGCCGCCCGCCGCGCACAUCGCCAGCGCGGCUUCUGCGGCACCGCACCAGUACCGCCUGGUGGCUCCAAGGCCGCAGCCGGAAUUUUGUUGA